AUGGCGACGAGAGUGCAGAUGCAACAGAGUAAUAACCCGACGGACUAUCGCAUGUACCAGGCCCCGUCGCGCAGACCCGUUGGGGGCAACCCUCACCACGCCGGACUGCAAUUUCAGCAACCGUCGUCUGAGACUUCCUUUCCUUCACAACGAGUUCCCCCGAACUUCAAUCACUUCCAAUCCCACACACGCACUCGUACAACCUCAUCGACUGUCUUGCCAUACAUCGGUAAUCCUCAACAUCCCCACCACCACCAUCAUCAACACAUUUUACACCGUCAGCCGCUACCGAAACCGCAACAGCAACACCCUGCUGCGUCUUCCGCGGGGCCUGUCCCCACACGUAGUUCCUCGAAUGCUACAACCUCAACAUCCUCGACCACCGGCAACCAACGAGCAACCCAAACAAUGUCUACCAUCUCUUCCUCCGACAUCCACCGCAGCGCUUCAUCACGCUCAUCCACCCCACUAAGUUAUGUUGCUCUCAUGAGGCGGCAAAAGGGCACCGUAUGGUGCGACCGCGCCCAACCUGAAGACCCGCGUUUACAAGCCCAGAAACGAGCAGCGAAGCAACGGGCCUAUUUGGAAUUGCAUGGUCAUUCAGGACGCUCCAGCACUCUCCCCGGUGGGAAAAUUCGUCAUAGCGGCAAAACGGCGCCUAGUUAUUCGCCUUCGACGCUGGUUGGUGCCACUGUUCCUCUAAGGCUGAGUGCGAAUGAGAUUGGCGACGACGAUGGAGAUGAUCAUUCCAGUGAGGGGGCGCCAUAUCAUCGUCGGACGGGGAGUGCUAGGAGUUCUCUGGGGAGCAUGCAUCGAUAUCCCAGUGGUUAUCAACGUCCGCAGGGCAAGACGCCUCCGAAUGAACAAGCCAAUAUCCCCGAAGUCGCUGAACAUAAUGCAGCGGCAGCUCACCAAGACCAAAUUCCCCAAGGCAACAUCAAUACUGCUUCAUCGUCGCCAUCGCAAAUCGAUACACCGACAGAAGAGUACGACUCGCAUGGCGAACACGAUUUCGGAAACCUGGGUGAAAUGAACGCUCCAGCUGCUGCCAAUAUUACCAUGAACAAGGUCAAGAAGGCUGAUGAUCUCCGACGACGUGGCAGUGUCGACGAUCGCACUACAAGUCUUACGGGGGUGAGGUUGUUCGUCGCCAACCCGGAUGCCGACGACUAG